AUGACUUGGAAACUCAGAGAAGGAAGAUGGUGGAAAAAGUCGCUGGAGUCCAUCAACUCGAGGCUCCAACUCGUUAUGAAAAGUGGGAAGUACAUGUUGGGCUACAAGCAGACGCUGAAGAUGAUGACGCAAGGCAAAGCGAAACUGGUCAUCCUGGCCAACAACUGCCCGGCCUUGAGGAAAUCAGAAAUUGAGUACUACGCCAUGUUGGCCAAAACUGGUGUCCAUCACUACAGCGGCCACAACAUCGAGUUGGGCACGGCAUGCGGCAAGUACUACAGGGUGUGCAUGCUGGCCAUCAUCGACCCAGGGGAUGCGGACAUCAUUAGAAGCAUGCCAGAACAGACUGGUGAAAAAUAA